GUUUGGGUUUAAUGGUGGCACAAAAGCUUUAUAUAGUUAGCAGAGCCCCAACUCCAAAAAUUAUUAAAGGCGCCCCCCUUUAUGGUUUCAACCUCACAUUGCCUUCUCCUUUUAGUUUCUUUGUGAAUUAUGAUCCAAUCCUCAUCUUCUUCUAGAUUUUCAUGUACUUGUUACAACAAAGGGUGCAUCUAAACUGAGAAUAACAAUCCACAACUACUAAACCACACCAAACUCUGUUUCAGUUUCUUCCUAGGCCUGUUUCUAGCUCUGUUUCUAAUCUGUUUCUAGUCUGUUUCAGCUCCUCCUCCCUUUUUUUAUACUCUCUUCGGUGUUCUUGUUACAUUUUAUUAUUGCGGACGGUGAAUUCAUUGUGACGAUGAAGGGGAGGCCAAACGCAUUCCUCUUCAUCAUCUUCUUGCUCUCUGCCCUUCACGGGAUUUUCUCUGUUCAUUCAUUUCUCAAUGAAUUGAAACAAGACGAACCCAUGAGAUUAGAGCUCAUUCACAGGCACUCUCCGAAGCUCAAUGGACAUGGUUUGCGUGACGAAAUGCCGAAAACGCAGCUAGAACUCAUCGAAGAGCUCCACCGCCACGACCUCAUUCGCCAACAAAUGAUCUCCCGCAAGAGGCAACACCACCAUCAUCACAUUCAAACUGACCUAAGGAGAAAUGCAUUGGAAACAGCUUCCAUUGCAAUGCCAUUGAGUUCGGGUUGGGAUUUCGGUGUCGGCCAGUACCUUGUUCAGGUUAAAGUGGGAACACCUUCACAGAGAUUCCUGUUGAUUGCAGACACAGGGAGUGACUUGACAUGGAUGAAGUGCAAGUACCGGUGCGGUGAGAAAUGUGGGUUGAAAAGAGCAAAGAUGAAGAAGAACAAGAAGAAGGUGUUUCGUGCCACUCAAUCUUCAACCUUCAAAACUAUCCCUUGCUCUUCUGAGAUGUGCAAGUUCGAGCUUGACUUCUCUCUCACAAUAUGUCCAACCCCAUUGAGCCCUUGCAAAUAUGAUUAUAGGUACGCAGAAAAAUCUGGUGCAUUGGGCUUCUUUGCGAAUGAGGCUGUAAGAGUACCCCUUACGAAUGGUGGGAGUGCGAAGCUGAAUGAUGUGCUAAUUGGCUGCACAGAGACCAUCGAGGGCCCUAAAGAGGCAAGCAUCUGGGGAGGUGAUGGGAUAUUGGGUCUAGGGUUCAGCAAGCACUCAUUCGUUGCGAAAGCUGCUUCAAACUUGGGUGACAAGUUUUCCUAUUGCCUAAUUGAUCACAUGAGCAACAAGAAUGUGUCGAGCUAUCUCACAUUUGGUGGAAGUGCUGAACCCGCACUGCGAAACAGCAUGAGUUACACAAAGCUUGCUUUGGGUGGCCCUAAAAUUGGCCCAUUUUACGCUGUAAACUUGGUGGGGAUAUCAGUCGGGGGCAAAAUGCUAAAGAUACCAAAUGAAGUGUGGGUUGAAAACCUUGGUGGUGGAACAAUUGUUGAUUCAGGCACAAGCCUCACGUUUCUAACCUCACCAGCUUACAUACCUAUCAUGGCUGAAUUGACAAUGGCUUUGUCCAAGUACGAAAAAAUACCGUUGGAUGCAUUUGAGUUCUGCUUCAAUUCCACUGGUUAUGAUGAGUCUUCAGUGCCGAGAUUUGCAGUUCAUUUUGCAGAUGGAGCUAAAUUUGAGCCCCCAGUGAAGAGCUAUGUUAUUGAUGUUGCUGUACAGACAAAGUGUCUAGGGUUUAUGUCAGCUAUAUUUCCUGGCACCAUUGUUAUUGGCAACAUAAUGCAACAAAAUUAUUUGUGGGAAUUCGAUUUGCGGGGAGGUACAUUGGGUUUUGCUCCUUCAAGCUGCACCUAGUUUUGGUUUAGAAUGGAAUUGUAAGUGACGUGCUCUUAAUUGUAAUUCUUUUCUUGAUCCAGCCGGAUCCCUUCCUUCUCUCUCUUUCUUCUUCUAUAUAUGUGUACGUAUUACAUUCAUUGCAA